AAGUCACCGGUCUACGAAGCAUCUGCAGCUCCAUGGCAGCGCUUUGCUAGCCUUGCGUUGCGUGGAUGAGACCUUUUAUGAGUUUCUGUGCGCCCGAUUACGAAAUAGUUUUUUACCCCCUUAAAGAGUUAGCCAUUACAGCAGUUCACAGAACUUGUGGACAUCGGGCGGUGCGAGUAGCCGUUAAGCUCUCAACGGAGGUGUAGCUGAGGCUGGACCGCUACCAUGGAUUCUCUGAUGCAAACAAACCUCUACGAACUCUUGCAGAUCGCAGUCGGUGCUGACGAGAAAGAGAUCAAGAGUGCGUACCGAAAGAAGGCACUGACAUGCCACCCGGACAAGAAUCCCGACAACCCACGAGCAGCCGAACUCUUUCAGCAGUUGUCCCGUGCCUUGGAGGUGCUCACCGAUCCGGCGGCGCGGAGUGCAUACGAUGCUGUGCUCAAGGCUCGCGAAGCGGCCAAGAUCCGGCACCAGGGGCUGGAUGCCAAGCGUCGCAAGCUCAAGGAAGAGCUGGAGGCCCGCGAAGGGCCAGGGCAGGAAGCGGCGGCAGCGUUAACAGCCCAGCAACGACUCAAGAAAGAAGUGGAGAGGCUACGUCGCGAGGGAUCUCGGCAGCUGGCUGAAGAACGGGAGCUGCUGCAACGCCAAAUGGAAAAGCAACAGACGCAGCAAAGGGAGCAACAGCAGGCCGAUUUGACAAGGGUAAAGGUUCGUUGGAAGCAGCAACCUGGGUUUAGGGGCUUCACCGAGACAAGCCUGCGACAGCGGCUUUCCCAGUAUGGAACUAUUUGCUGCUUGGUGUUUCGCAAUGGAUCGGCUCUUGUCGAAUUCGAGCAACCAUCCGCAGCCCGCCUGGCAUCCCAGCUCGAACAAGGGAGCCCAGAUGAAGGCCCACUGACUGUUCGCCUGUUGGGCGAUGCAAGCGGCGGCGAGAGCACGCCACCUGCACCACCACCACAGCCGAUGCGAACGCUGCACGACGACGACGACUACGAGGAUCUGGUGCUAAGAAAGCUGCAGCAGGCUGCCGCUGCUUCACGGCCAUCAUAAACGUGGUUGGACUGUGCUUCGGCAUCAUGCAUGCUUCAGAAGGUCUGGCUCCUUGCAAGAACUUCCUGCAUGCAGCCUUGAAAUGGCCGUGUGGUGCCAGAUGCUCGGUUAAUGUGUACUGUAGAGACUGUGUUCAUGCACAUUGCACCAACAAUCUCGAUCUUCUGUGACGUGAAUGUUCCUGGUGACUUUCGAGACCUGCAGAUGGACUGUCAUUCUGGCAAUAAGUGUUAUUUGAAAUAAAAACGCCUGUGGCCUCUUUCAAAAUGCCUA